CAGGUCGUGUACACUGUACACCAAGGAUUCAGAAACCCAAACCCAUCUCUGCGGCCAAGCAUCGUCAUCAGACGGAGAAACCGAGCACUCCACGUUAUUCGCGAGGCGCUCCCACCACCGCUCCGUUCCCCAUGGCCAGUGCCGCUACUCCGACGACGACGCCGGCGAAGAUGCGGGCCGUGCAGUACGACGCCUGUGGCGGAGGCGCCGCGGGCCUCAAGCAUGUGGAAGUUCCCAUCCCUUCAGCAAAGAAGAAUGAGGUCCUGUUGAGACUAGAAGCUGCAACCAUCAAUCCAGUUGACUGGAAGAUACAGAAAGGGGACUUGCGGCCUCUUCUACCUCGUCGGUUGCCUUUUAUCCCAGUGACUGAUGUUGCAGGAGUGGUUGUUGAUGUUGGUCCUGGAGUGAAAGAUUUCAUAGCUGGAGAUCAAGUUGUGGCCAUGUUGAACUCUCUUAAUGGAGGUGGCCUAGCAGAGUACGCUGUAGCAUCCACUAACCUGACUGUCAAAAGGACACCUGAGGUUUCUGCAGCUGAUGGUGCUGGGCUUCCAAUUGCUGCCGGCACUGCACUCCAGGCGCUGAGGUCCAUCGGUGCGAAGUUCGAUGGCACCGGCAAGCCUUUAAAUGUGUUGAUCACCGCCGCCUCUGGUGGUGUUGGCCUGUAUGCGGUGCAGCUUGCAAAGCUGGCGAACCUUCACGUCACUGCAACCUGUGGCGCCCGCAACAUGGAUCUUGUGAAGAGCUUGGGGGGAGACGAGGUGAUGGACUACAAGACCCCACAGGGGGUUAGCCUGCAGAGCCCGUCUGGCAGGAAGUACGAUGGCGUGGUUCACUGCACCGUUGGGAUCAGCUGGUCGGUGUUCAAGCCAUUGCUGAGCGACACUGGGAGAGCCAUCGAUAUCACCCCAAACUUCUCUGCCAUCCUCACUUCUGCCCUGCACAAGGUGACAUUCUCCAAGAAGCGCCUCGUACCCCUGCUUCUGUGGCCCAACAAGGCAGACCUGGAGUUCUUGGUCGGGUUGCUGAAGGAUGGCAAGCUGAAGACAGUGAUCGACUCAAGGUUCCCGUUGAGUGAUGCAAGCAAGGCAUGGCAGAGCAGCAUCGAUGGACAUGCCACUGGUAAGAUCGUUGUUGAGAUGGAGAGCCGUUGAUGCUAGUGUCAUGGACAUACUUUCAUACACACACAGGAGAGAACAGUUCAGAUGUAAUCACAGAAUAGUCAUUAGUGCGUUUGUAUAUUGCGGUGCUGUUCUUGAUGACGUUCUUUUCUUUUGAUGGAUUCUUGUUGUGUCAAGAGUCUUAGCGGUGUGAUUUGCACGACUAUGUUGCGGCAAUCUUAGUCAGUAAAAUGGUACAAGUGUGAUGUCAGAUGGAUAUGCAUGGUUUGCCGGUGGUCUGUGCACAACCAUGUACUCCUGCGGUUGACUGGUUGAAUAACGUCAAACCCACCUGUACUUUCUUCAUGUAGAAGAACAAACUUGUACAAGCAAAUUUAGCAAGUUAAGGGUGUGUUUGGUUGUC